AUGGCCUCAUUGAAGAUGAGAGAGCGUACCCUUGCUGGAUCAUCCGGUAUUGACUUGGCACGAGCAUUGGUCGUCGACGAUAGCUGGAAUCAGUUGAACAAGCUGACUCAGCUGAUGGAGAUGAUCAUGUACUUGCAGAACGAACCCGUCUUUUCGAAAUAUUGCUUCUACGGAUGUUGGUGUUUGCCUUACGGGGCCGAAGCAAUGGGAAAAACUGCUGGCGAGCCAGUUGAUGAAAUUGACGCGACCUGCCGUGCGAAACAGCUUUGUUACAAGGUAAUAUAUCUAACAAAAGCUGUAUAG